CCCAGCAUGGAUGGUUACACAGUCCUGAGAGUGAUCGGGGAGGGCUCCUUUGGCAGAGUCCUUUUGGUUCAGCAGGAAAGCAGCAAUCGGAUGUUCGCCAUGAAGGAAAUAAGGCUUCCCAAGUCUUUCUCUGGUACACAGAAUUCUAGGAAGGAGGCUGUUUUGUUAGCCAAAAUGAAACACCCCAAUAUUGUUGCCUUUGAAGAAUCAUUUGAAGCUGAAGGACAUCUCUAUAUUGCGAUGGAAUAUUGUGAUGGAGGGGACUUAAUGCAAAAGAUUAAACAUCAGAAAGGGAAGUUGUUUCCUGAAGAUAAGAUACUUCAUUGGUUUGCACAACUGUGCCUUGGAGUAAAUCACAUUCACAAGAAACAUGUGUUACAUAGAGAUAUCAAAUCCAAGAAUAUCUUCCUCACCCAAAAUGGAAAAGUAAAACUGGGAGAUUUUGGAUCUGCCCGUCUUCUCUCCAAUCCCAUGGCGUUUGCUUGUACUUAUGUGGGAACACCUUACUAUGUGCCCCCGGAAAUUUGGGAAAAUAUGCCUUAUAACAAUAAAAGUGACAUCUGGUCCUUGGGAUGCAUUCUGUAUGAACUCUGUACCCUGAAGCAUCCAUUUCAGGCAAAUAGUUGGAAAAGUCUUAUCCUCAAAAUAUGUCAUGGGUCCUUGAGCCCGCUGCCAUCUCAUUAUUCCUACGAGCUUCAGCAUCUAAUCAAGCAGAUGUUUAAAAGGAAUCCCUCCCAUCGCCCCUCAACUACCACCCUUCUCUCUAGAGGCACUUUAGCUCGGCUUAUCCAGAAGUGCUUAACCCCAGAGAUCAUCACAGAAUAUGGUGAGCAGGUAUUAGAAGAAACCAGAAAAUCUAAACAUAGUACACCAAGAAAAAAGGCAGACUCCAGCAGAAUCAGGAUUGCUUUGGAGAAAGAAGCAAGCACAGUACAAAGGGAAGAACAAGGUAGAAAGUGCAGCCACCCUGAUUUAGAAAGAAUUAAUGAAAAUUCAGUUGCAAGUGCAUUGAGGAGAAUAAACAGAGAAGAGAAAGUUGGUGAGUCAGUCCACCCAAGGAGAGCCAGCCCGCCGAGUGCUGUCCGGCGACAGUGGGAGAAGGGUGCACCCACCGCAGCGCUUGCGGCCCUGGAGGACACAGCCCUGCUCACCUCCAGCUCAUCCGCAGAGGAAGGCAGAGGUGGUUCUGUAAUACAGUACAGUGGAAAUAAUACUCGUAAGCAGUGGCUCAAAGAGACGCCUGAAACCUUGUUGAACAUCCUUAAGAAUGCUGAUCUCAGCUUGGCAUUUCAAACAUACACAAUAUAUAGACCAGGUUCAGAAGGGUUCUUGAAAGGUCCCUUGUCUGAAGAAACAGAAACAUCAGACAGUGUUGACGGAGGUUACGAUGCUGUCAUUUUGGAUCCAGAGAGAAUCGAACCUAGACUGGAUGAGGAAGACACGGACUUUGAGGAAGACGACAACUACGACUGGGUGUCAGAACUGAAGCAGAGAGCUGGCUGGCAGGGAAGCGUCUGACGGCUGAUGCCCAAG